AUGAUUGAAUUGAACAGUCUUGCACAUAAAAAUCGACCACUAGUAAUUACGGUACCCCGCCAUACGUUGAUUGAAUCUAAAAAAAUCAAACACUUUCACAAUGAAGUGAAUACUCCUUCUACUGUAAGAGCUAAUCAACCAGUAUAUGAACGUGCGUCCUCUAUUCCAUUGGAAUCAAUCUUGUUUGAACCAAAACCACGAGCUGCAUCAAGGAUACUAACGGGUUCAGAUAAUAACGGCCGAACGCAACACAAUAAAGUAUCAUCGGUGAAUGAGAGCAAACAACCUUCACUCGUGAAUUCUAACGAGAUACUCGAUCCCAAAGUAACUCGAUAUUCAAGCGAUAGUUCAAGCGGAUGUCUAAACAAGUUGACUCCAAAACAAUUGUUGCUUUUAAAGCUAACUUGUAUUUUUUUACUGAUUGCUGCUGUGGCUGUCAUCGUUAUUUUUAUACCUAUCUAUGUACUUGUCAUUCGACAAACCUUUUCACAGUCUUCUUUUACUAAUAUGACUGCAUCGGUUUGUUCUACGACGACAUGUAUUGGCAAGGAAACACCCUAUCAUUCUUCUAUGGUCACUGCUCUCUAUACUUUCGAUGGAAAUCCUAAUGACUGGACAGGAUCCGGAAUCGGAAUACUAUUUGGUUCUGUCCUACCGGGAUAUACAAAUCAACCUUAUGUUGGCCUUGAGGCAAUAAGUUUGUCUUCUGCUUCUUCUCAAUAUGUUCAAAUUUCCAAUGUUAAUUUGGCUCAAAAAAGCUUCACCAUAGAAGUUUGGCUGUACAUAACGACCGGCUCGCUUACAAGUGACUAUGGAAUAUUUGGCCAAUGUGAUUCAAAUAAUAAGUGUAUCUGCAUCAGCUUAAGAAAUGGUCGUUUUAUAGUUUCAUUUGAUUCAAUGAAUACUAAUACGACAUUAACUGGCUCAAGCAUAAUGUUAGUCAAUACCUGGAUACAUUUGGCGGUUGUAUAUGAUGCAACAUUGUAUCAACAACGAAUCUAUGUUAAUGGUAUCAUCGAUAUUGUUUCCAAUGGUAUCGUUGCUCCCUAUCAAGGAAGUACAACAGGCGUAGUAACAACCAUUGGACGAACUAUAUCAUCGGCAUAUGGAACAACUUAUUUUAAUGGACGAAUUGACCAUUUUUCAAUAUCGGCUGGUGCUGCUCGAAGUGCUUGCCAAAUUUAUAAUGAUGCAACAUUAACAGCGUAUUAUCCAUUCGAUACUACCAAUACUCUCUAUGACUAUAGUGUUAAUCUGUAUAAUGGAAUAGCAUAUGAAACAAAUACAAUAUCACAAGGAGCACUUGGAUACGCUCUAACUUUUUCAUCUAGUACAAGUUAUUUUCAAGCACAAUGCUUUACAAUGACAAAAGGAUCAAAUUCAUCAUAUUCAUUUUCAAUUUGGGUAAACCCAUCUAUAUCGAGUGGAGGAGGUUCAAUAAUUCAUUUUUCGACUUUACAAAAUGGCAAUGGAAACUGUUAUGAUCCUCUUGUUUUCGCAGUAACAGGCGAGUUAGUAGCUCAAUCGAUGCAAAGCACUACAAUCGUUAAUAGUUUACUAGGUCCUAUUUUGCCAACAAACACAUGGACUCAUGUAGGCAUGGUAAUUUCGCCAAUGAAUGGUAUGCGACUCUAUAUUAAUGGACAAUUAAGUGCUCUUACUUCAGGCGCGGGCGGCGUAAACAUUUUUGCGUAUACUAAUCCGGCGUACAUAACAUUGGCUAAUGAAAGUCCAUUGGGUCCCUCUGGAUCAGUGGGAUGUAAAAAUGGAAGUAUACCGAUUGUACCAGGAUCAUUUACGGGUGGUCUCGAUGAAUUUCGUUUGUAUAAUCGUGAAUUGACCAGUCAAGAAAUAUGUGUACUUGCUAAUCUAUAA